UAUCUUUUGUUUUAGUACGUUUUACUGUGCUCCCUUUCUGCUACAGCUCAGCGUGGUAACAUAGUGACUCUGCUCUUCCUCUCAGGGUUUCGUCAAAGUGGUGAAGAACAAGGCCUACUUCAAGAGAUAUGAAGUCAAAUUCAGGAGAAGAAGAGAGGGGAAAACUGACUUCUUUGCACGCAAGCGGCUGGUUGUGCAGGACAAGAACAAGUACAACACCCCAAAGUACAGGAUGAUUGUCAGGUUCUCAAACAGGGACAUCUGCUGCCAGAUUGCCUAUGCAAAGAUCGAAGGAGACCAGAUUGUGUGUGCUGCUUACUCUCACGAGCUGUCCAAAUAUGGUAUCACGGUUGGCCUUACUAACUAUGCUGCGGCCUACUGCACUGGACUGCUGCUGGCUCGACGGUUGCUGCACAAGUUUGGCAUGGACCAGGUGUACGAGGGCCAGGUGGAGGUGACAGGAGAUGAGUAUAACAUUGAGAGCAUAGAUGGACAGCCGGGCGCCUUCACCUGUUACCUCGAUGCAGGCCUGGCCAGAACAACCACGGGGAACAAGGUGUUCGGUGCGCUAAAGGGGGCUGUAGACGGAGGACUGGCUAUCCCUCACAGUAUGAAACGUUUCCCCGGUUACGACGUGGAGAGCAAAGAGUUUAACGCAGAGGUGCAUCGAAAACACAUCAUGGGCAUGAACGUGGCAGACUACAUGUCGUAUCUGAUGGAGGAGGACGAGGACGCCUACAAGAAACAGUUCUCCCGCUUUGUCAAGAACGGAGUCACGCCAGAUACAGUAGAAGAAAUGUACAAAAAAGCACACGCCGCCAUCAGAGCGAACCCCGUCCACGAAAAGAAACUCAAAAAAGACAUCAAAAAGAAGAGGUGGAAUCGCGCCAAGUUAUCUCUGGCACAGAGGAAGGACCGCGUCGCUCAGAAGAAGGCCAGCUUCUUACGAGCACAAGAACAAGAAGCAGGGGACGGUUAGGGGACUCGCCACAGCGCUCUGCUGCCAUACACAACACACAUUACAGACAAAUAAAUUUAUUUCAAACUCAA